UUGUGGUGGGGUUCACAGGCUUCACCUUUUGUUGCAGUUGGUCCAAGAGCAAGGCGUCACCACAUGAAAUCUCUGACUUCACGAAAAGCACAACAAGAACAAGCUCCCCGGGUUUCCAAGGAGAACAACGACAACAGCCGCAACUAUUACCAGCAAACCAAACAUCGAAGCGCAUCUAUAGCAAGCUAUACACGACUUGACGCGAUGUCAGAGCCCAAAGUCAUCAUUGUCACCGGCGGCAGCAAGGGCAUUGGCCUCGCUGUCGUGCAGGACCUACUGAAAGCCUCCCACAAGGUUGUCCUUGUUGCCAGGACGCCAGUCAGCGAGCUCGCGAAGGAUUAUCCAGGCCAGGUCACAUUUCUGGCUGCCGAUAUGACAGUAUCUGAUACUGCACACCGAGCUGUAGAGCUCGCUCUGAUCUCUUACGGAAAGCUUGACGCCGUUGUUGUCAACCAUGGAGUACUCACUCCCAUCACUCGCCUAGCCGAUGCUUCCAUCGAGGACUGGAAGAGUCACUACGAUGUAAACGUCUUCAGUGCCCUUUCCAUUGUCAAAGAAGCCAUCCCCCAUCUGCGAGCCACCAAGGGCAAGAUCAUCUUCGUAUCCUCGGGCGCCGCUAUUAAGGCAUAUGCCGCUUGGGGAGCGUACGGCUCUUCCAAGGCCGCGUUAAACUCAAUCUGCCGCCACGUCGCCGUGGAGGAGCCAGACAUCACAGCAGUGGCAGUCAGCCCAGGACGGGUUGAUACUGACAUGCAAAAGGAGCUACGCGAGAAGGGCCAAGGUGUCAUGUCGGAUAAGGAAUACGCUGACUUUGUCUCGGCCUUCGAGGAAGGUCAGCUCAACAAGCCCGAGUGGCCUGCCCAGGUCAUCGCGAAACUGUCACUUGACGCCAAGUCUGAUCUGUCAGGUAAAUACGUCGCGUGGAACGGCCCAGAGGUUGCCGAGUAUCGCGAGUAGCAAUAAGGUAUCUAAGGCAACUUUUGUCUAGUCAGUAACCAUAUCCAGAAAAAAGUUAUGAAGACAUGAAAAGACAGUGAUGGGGCAAUAAUCAGUCGAAAGAUGAAAAGGCUGUACAUGUAUCUACAUAAAGAUUCAGGACUAGCAUGGAAUGUAAGUUGAUUCAUCAGAUUGCCG